AUUCACUCUUUUAGCCUGUCCUUUUUAGUCACCCGGUUUCGAUCGCUAGACCAGUGGCGUUCUAUGCGCUCUCUGACCUAAACGUUAAAAAUUAUUAGAGAAAAUAAUGAAAGACUAGACAGACAGGCCGUCAUAGUUUAUGACUAUCUGCCCUUAUUAUUUUUAAAAUAGGCUAAAGGAUUUUCAUAUUUUCAAUCGAGACGGAUUCAGUUUUAUACAAUUGAGAUAACUUAUUUGAUUAUCCUGUUUACUACUGAUAUGCCAAGAUUUAAAGCAACUCCCCAACAGUUUAAUCUAAAUGGUAAAAAGGAAUCCUCGAACGAUGAAGAUAACAUUGAUGAUACUGUAGAUGAUUUGAGUUCUAAUGAUGUUGAUAGUCAUAGCAGUAAUAAUCAUGACGAUAGUAGUGAUGAUCAUGAUGAUGACAGUCUACCAGAAGAUAAUGAUGAUGAAGCGCUUGAAUGUGACACCAACCAUACUAUUAUGAAAAGAUCUCCAGAUACUGAUGAGAAUAGUCCAAAACAGAAACAAAGGAAAACUUGUCAAAAUUCAAAUGAACCGAUUCCAGUCACCACGGAAUGUUUGAAUACCUUACAAACAGCGGCUUUUCUUGCACAGGCAGCUGCUGUGGCCACUGUUGCUGCACUCUCUUCUGGACAGUUGAUACCAAUUUUUCCUUCUGAAACACCACCGAUAGCUCCUCUUGGUUUAUCUUUACCAACAAUACCUAAAGAACAUUUCACUGAAACAACAACAGCGACUAUAAAAUCAACAGAAGAAUCAAAUGCCUUAAUGUCGAAUCGAAAUAAUGUUAAUUUGUCACCUACUGCUAAACAACAAAAUCCUAAUGCAGCAAUGUGGGGUCCAUCCUCGAAUAACAGUGAUGCCGAUAAUGAUGAAGGUGCUGACGAUGAUGAUGCAACUGAUAAAAAUUUACAUCAAUGCAAAUCACGGGAACGUGAAAAACAGUUUAUCAAUUGUCCAGUAUGCUGUAAAACAAUGAGACGCGGUUCUUUGCGUGAACAUAUGGAUCGUCAUGCAAAUAGUGGCAAAUUUAAAUGUGAUGCAUGUGAGAAAACAUUCAGUCGUGCCAGUGCUCGUGAAAAACAUAUACGUACACAUACUGGUGAACGUCCUUACAAAUGUGAAUUAUGCUCAAAAGCUUAUAGACAAAAAGUUCAUUUAAAUGAACACCUUCGUUCACAUACUGGUGUUCGACCUUAUUUAUGUAAAUUAUGCGGUUUUUGUUUAGCCUCUAAAUCGCUACUAAAUCGACAUUUGCGUACGCAUGGAAUUAAAAAAAAUAUUGAUAAUGAUACUGAUGUUUGGAUGAAAAUUGAUGCACCUAAAGAAGAAGUUUUAAAUAUUGCCGCUGAGGUUGGUCGUGUAUUAUCACAAAGACAAAAUGAAAGUUUGGAUAAUGACAACCAUACUACUAAUAUUGAUAAUAACAGUAGCAAUAUGCAAUCAUUUAAAAUUGAACAAACUCUAAGUAAUUCAUUCAACAGCGACUGUAUCUUACAGUUAACACCUAGAGGGUCAGUGACAUUUGGUCGCAAAUAUUUAUGUAAUCUGUGUCCAGCUGGUUUUCCUACAGUACAAGCCCUAAGAAGUCAUCGUAUGACUACACAUAAUGUUGUUACACCACACAAAUGUCCACAGUGUAGUGAAUCAUUUAGUUCGCUGAAAUUAAUGGAAGGACAUUUGAGAAAACAUCAUCCACAGGUUUGUCCAAUAUGUUCAAAACAAAUGCCUGAGCGUCGUAAAUGGAUGGUUGAAGCGCAUAUAAGAGAAGCACAUCCAGAAGCAAUAGCUGACCACGUAGGUUCAUCUUCACAAAGUAAAAAUCACAAAAAGAUUAAAUCGAAAGAAAAUGCUAUCAGUGCUACUACUACUACCAUUACUACAGCUACUUCCAUUAAUGAUACUGCUCUGGAAAAACAUACUAACAAUUGUGUUUCAUUAGAACUAAGGAAGUGGAAAGAUUUUAGACCAGAUAAAGUGCACUCUUCAACUGAUGAUGAUGAUGAUGAUGAUGAUGAUGAUGAUGAUGAUGAUGAUGAUGACGAUGAUGAUGACGAAGAUGAUGAGAAUAAUAUAGAAGGAGAUGAUGAAGAGGAUGAAGAACGAGAGUCUCAUUUUGAUCAAGAAUCAUUUAAAGAUUCAAAUAAUGAUUGUAAUCUUAAUGUACUUAAUGAAAAUACUAGCGUUUAUUCUAUAGAUCAUGAACAACUAGAAGAGGAAAAUAGUUUAUUUUUACAAAUGAAUGAUAAUAAUGAAAAAACUGAUUUCAUAGUUGGAACUAAUGAUAUCAAUCAAUUAGAAUUGGGUUCUAGAAAUGGAACAGAAAGAUAAAUUCAUAUAAACAUAAUAAUCAAAUUAAUAAUUCAAUUAUAAAAUCAAACAAAACCGAUGUUGUUAAUAAUACAGAAAAGAGUACAAUGAAUCCUUUUUUUACUCUAAUUCUUAAUACAGAGAGCAAUAAAAACAAACGAAUAUUCUAGGUAUCCAUACCAAGGUUGAACUAGAUAACUUCAAAUUAAUUGAGCAUUUGAUAGUGAGUUAAUAAUAAAUAUAUUGGUGUUAUAUCCUAAUGAGUAGAAAAAUUGUAUUUGUGGUGUUUCGUGACUUAAUCUAAGUCGCUUCUUCAGAGUAAAUAAAUAAUCGACAUUUA